CCUGAUAUCCCCUAGAAUGCCCUCUGCUGUAGAGUAGGAUUUCUACUGCAUUGCUGUUUUGCGUUUUGCAUUUCACUUCCGAACCAAUCUCUCCUUUGGCUAGCUGCUUUUCGAUAACCAAAACCUCUCUCGAUCUCACUUCUUGUCCCUCCUUCCGCUCUCUCCUCCAUCCUCUGCUCUUUUCUCGCGCUCGAUCCAAUGGCUAUCUCGGCGAUCGGGUUCGAGGGAUUCGAGAAGCGCCUUGAGAUCACUUUCUCUGAGGCGCCCAUCUUUGUGGACCCCCGUGGGCGCGGCCUACGCGCCCUCUCGCGGGCCCAGAUCGACUCCAUCCUCGAUCUGGCGCGCUGCACUGUUGUCUCUGAGCUCUCAAACAAGGACUUCGACUCCUACGUCCUCUCCGAGUCGAGUCUCUUUGUCUACCCGUACAAGAUCAUUCUGAAGACGUGCGGAACUACGAAGCUUUUGCUGUCCAUUCCGAGAAUUCUCGAGCUCGCCAAUGAGCUGUCGCUUUCUGUUUUGUCUGCCAAGUACUCCCGCGGGUCGUUCAUUUUCCCUGGGGCCCAGCCCUCCCCCCACAGAAGCUUCUCAGAGGAAGUAGCAAUUCUCAACCGCUUUUUCGGUGGCCUCAAAUCGGGCGGAAAUGCUUAUGUAAUCGGAGAUUCGAAGAAGCCCGACAGCAAAUGGCACAUCUAUUAUGCCACUGAGAGGCCCGAGCGCCGCAUGGUCACCCUCGAGAUGUGCAUGACCGGCUUGGACACUGGAAAGGCAUCGGUCUUCUUCAAGAGCUCGUCCGAGAGCCAUUCUUCUUCUGCCAACGAGAUGACACAAAUCUCCGGGAUCUCUGAUAUUAUCCCUGAAAUGGAAAUUUGUGACUUUGAAUUCGACCCGUGCGGGUAUUCAAUGAACGGUAUCCACGGACCGGCUCUUUCCACUAUCCAUGUGACCCCGGAGGAAGGGUUCAGCUACGCGAGCUACGAAGCCAUGGGUUUCAAUCCGCGUUCACUGGUCUACAGGGAUAUAAUCAGGAGGGUGCUCCACUGCUUUGGCCCUUCCGAAUUCUCCGUCGCGGUUACUAUAUUUGGCGGACUCAGGCAGGCAGCGUCAUGGGGAAAGAAAGUGGGCGUCGAUGGCUACAUUUGCAACGAGUCGGUGGAACAGAAGCUGCCCGGUGGAGGCAUUCUAAUGUAUCAGAGCUUUUCCGCCGCAACUAAUGCAACUUUGGGGUCCCCGAGGUCUAUAUUGUGCUAUCGGGACGAGUACGAUUCUGAAAAGGCGGCAAGGGAUGGUACGGAGGAGAAGGAUGGGAAGGAUAAGAAGAUGGGUUUUCGAGAUUGAGGUUAUGGUUUAAAACUUCACAUUUGGUGGCAGAGUUUCUCUCCCCUCUUGUGUUCUUUUACUCCCCUGGCUACUUUACUGCAGCAGCCAGCCUUUUAGGUUAUCUGUAUCUGUGUUUGAGAUAAUAAGCUCUAGGUGGUUUGCUUCGUCUACCACAGUGAGCAGCUAUGUUUGAUAUGCUGGAUACUUAAGACGUGAUUUUAAUGCUUGAAUAAAAGUAAGCUGUUGGUUUGGUUAA